UAUAAAAAUGAAAAUAAGUCAAAUAUUGGAAUUAUUAUUAAUUCUCAUAAUAAUUGCGUUUGCUGCUUCAAAACCUUAUCAUAAACAUAAUGACAAAUAUGGAAGACAAAGUUCAAAUGCAGAUUCAGAAACAUAUGAUGACGGUGAUGAUGAUGAUGAUGAUUUCUUUGGAUUAGAUGCCGAAGAUUUAGAUGAUGAUGAUGAUAGAAUUGCAAAUGCAACUACAGCAUUAUCAGAUAAUUUAGAUGAAAGUGAUAGUUUCUUAUUAUUUGGUGAUGACUUUUUAGCUGUAUUCGAUGACGACGAAACUGAUACAAAAAAGAAAGAGAAAAAGAAAAAAACAAAAUUAGAAACAUCACCUGCCGACUUAAUUCCCAAUCUUGAUUCAUCACAAUCAAAUAUUAUUUCACAAAAUUCUAAUCCACAAUUAAUUCCAAUUGAAACAGUUCAAACUGUUGUUAAUCAAUUAACAGAGAAAAAUGAUGGAUCGAAACCAUUAAAUAAAGAUAAACAAUCAGCAACACAAUUAAAUUUACAACAUACAUCAGCUUUAUUAGAAUUGGUACAAAAUUCAAAUGCUGGCAUGAAUUAUAAUAAUUUAACUAUUGAUGAUGAUUUUGAUAAUCAAUUAAAAUUAGAUGGUGAUAAUUUUUUAAAUUCUACAUUAAAUGAUGAAGAGAAAUUAACAAGUUCAGAUGAUGAAAAUAUUUCAGCACAGCCAUUAACAGAAGCUGAAGAGCAAUUAUUAAUGCAAACAUUAAAUAAAGUAAAACAACAAGUUAAACAGCAGCAGCAACAACAACAGCAAUUACAACAGGCGAUUUUAUCAACAUCUACUGUUGCACCAACGAAAAAAUUAUCAACAACUGCUAAACCAAGUACUGGUCUUUUAGGUAUUGUUGAAGAUUUAAUUGAGGAUGAUGACGAUGACGAAGAAGUACCAGAAAAUGAAGAUGAUGACGAUGAUGAUGAUGAUGAAGAAGAUAGUGAAGAAGUUACAAAAAAGCCAUCAACUACAACAACUACAACAACAACUGUGAAACCAUCAAAAACGAAAAGACCAACAAGUUUUAUUGAUGUAAUUGGUGAUACAUUAGGAUUAUAGAAAUUUCAAAGAAACAUAGUCGUUGUGAUCUAGUGUCGUCUUUUAAUUUUUUAUUAAUUGUUUUCUUUUGUUUUUGUUUUUAAAUUGAAUUUUAUUUAAAUUAUUUAUUGAUAAAUUAUUUAUUUAUUUAUUUAUGUUAAAUUGUUAGUUAGUGGAUUGAGGGUAUAAAAUAAAUUAAAAAAAAAAAUAAUUUGAAACGAAAGAUUA